AUGAGAUCGGAAAUCAUUGAUAUACCAACCCCCAACGAGGCUCAGCCAACGAUUCAAGAUGCAGAAAGCCUACACAGAGAAAUAGAAAAACCUGAGUUCACUGAACAACGACAAGAUGCUUUUGGGGAUGAAUCAAAUGCAGAAAUCAAGUACAAGGUUUUGAAAUGGUGGCAAGGAGGUCUUCUGAUGGUUGCCGAAACCAUUUCUCUAGGAAUUCUCUCCUUGCCAGCUGCUAUAGCAGGGAUAGGCCUAGUUCCAGGACUUAUUAUCCUCGUUGGGCUUGGGCUACUCUCUACCUACACAGGUUAUGUUAUUGGGCAGUUCAAAUGGAGAUAUCCUCAUAUCUCCAGUAUGGCUGAUGCUGGUGAGGUACUGAUGGGUGGUUUCGGUCGAGAAUUGUUUGGAACUGGUCAACUGCUCUUCUUGAUCUUCCUUAUGGCCAGUCAUAUCUUGACAUUCACUGUGGCUCUCAAUUCUAUUACUGGUCAUGGCACUUGUUCGAUCGUUUUCGGUGUGGUUGGACUGAUCUUAUCCUUGAUUCUUUCUCUUCCUCGAACCCUUGAGAAAAUGUCUUGGCUUUCACUUGUCUCCUUUAUUAGUGUUUUCACCGCCGUGAUGGUUACGAUGAUCGCCCUCGGAAUACAAAAUCAUGGCGCCGCUGUUAAGCCAGUUGUCGAGGCCAACUUCGUGACUGGAAUUAUGUCGGCCUGUAACAUUGCAUUCUCAUACGUCAGCCACAAUACCUUCUUCACAUUUAUGGCAGAGCUCAAGGACCCAAAAGACUUUCCAAAAGCUCUCGCACUCCUACAGUCUAUUGAUAUGACCCUUUACAUUGUCGCCGCAGUUGUCAUAUACCGUUAUACUGGCGCAGAUGUUACUUCCCCUGCGCUAGGGUCAGCUGGAAUAUUGAUUUCCAGGAUAGCCUACGGCAUUGCCCUUCCUACAAUUGUGAUUGCUGGAGUCAUCAACGGUCAUGUUGCAGCAAAAUCGCUUUACGUCCGCAUCUUUGCCGGCACUGACCGGAUGCACAAAACAGACUGGGUUUCCAUGGGUUCCUGGGUUGGUAUUGCAUUUGGCCUUUGGGUUAUCGCCUGGGUCAUCGCUGAAGCGAUUCCGGUCUUCAACGACCUCCUCAGUUUGAUUACUGCAUUAUUUGGUAGCUGGUUUACCUUCGGAUUUACUGGCAUGUUUUGGCUACACAUGAACAAGGGGCUGUGGUUUUCUUCGCCUAAGAAAAUCAUGCUGACCUUACUCAACACCUUCGCGAUUUGUGUUGGUAUCACUCUGUGUAUUCUCGGUCUCUAUGCCUCCGGGUCGGCCAUCCACAACAACCAAGGUAGCGCUAGCUUUUCGUGUGCUAAUACUGCGUGA